GAAUUUCCGUAUUUACUAUGAUGUAUAAAGUUUGCUGUUGAUGUGAGGAAAAGGAAAGGAAGACAAACUCUCCAAAAUGGCGAAAGCGACUACUGUGCUGAGGAACCUUUUCGUCGCAUUUAAUGUGCUGUUUAUGAUUACUGGAGCUGUCCUGAUUGUAUUGGCUGUGGUACUUGAUUUCGCCUACAGUGCCGACAGGUACACUGGACUCAUCGCCCUUUACGUUGUCGGCGGUAUCACCUUCUUCACUGCAUUUCUUGGAGUCCAGGGUGCUGCGAGAAGUAUGAAAUGGCUUCUUGUCAUAUUUGCAGUUCUGAUGUGCGUGGACUGCCUCGCCCUGUUGCGCGUGGCGGUGCCUCUUGCUGUUCUGCAACCACGGGUGGGGUUGCUGAAGGAAGAGAUGGAGAGCAUUGUGCCGUUGGAUAAAAAAUCGGAGGACAUCCAGAAUGUCAUGAAUGAAAUCCAGAGCCAGUUGCAGUGUUGUGGUCUUGUCAAUGGCUACACUGACUGGAGUGGCCGGGUGCCUGCGUCUUGUGACUGCACCGGCGAGGAGCUAAGCUUCAAGGUCUGCACUCCUCUGCCUCCUCCAGGCGUGCAUGGGAACUGGCCUUUCUACAGGAAACAACCUAGGAUGGUGCGCAUUGAGCCCUGUGGUCAAAAGAUUGUCAACAAUUUCCUCGGUGUGCUGCUUGGAAUACUCUUUGGAUUUUCUGCACUGGCUCUCCUCGGCAUGGUGAUGUCUGGCUGUCUGAUAGCCCAGCUGAACAAUGCAAAGGCCGUCACCAAGCAAGAGCCAUCCAAGAUCUUCAGCAUUUCAGCCCACCCACCCAAAUACAGCAAGCUGUACGAGUACGAAUAGAUAGGCUUCCCCUUUACAGACAUUCGCGCUGUGAGGAGGGACAAGAUGGCAAUCACGUGAGCGCAUUUUUUUGAGUGUCAGCAGUCUUGUGAAUAUGACAUUCAAAGUAAAGCACGUUAAUUGGGAAAUUGCUUUAUAUUUUGCUUUUUUAUAUCUUCGAUUUCGUGUAAAAAUGACACUUUUACUUAACAGCCUAUGGUAAUUUUUACCUUGCACUAUCUUGUCUAUUUUUUUUUAAGUCAGACAGACCUAGCUCUAACAGUAAUUUACAAUUCAGAAUUUGUUACAAUCUUAGUGGAUGUUUUAUUUUGUGCAAUAAUUGUGUGUUUGUCUUUUACUGUGGGGAAGGUGAUGAUUAGUAACCUGGUUCUCACGCAGAUGGAUGUUUCUCAUCUCACGAAGUUGAGCGAAAAUGCAUGAGGGUCUACGUGAGAACCAGGCUAGAUUAUUAGCAGUCCGCUAUUAUGGCGUUGAGUGCUUUGUCAGUUUUGCAGUACACUGGAUAUCAAAGAAAUGGCCUCCGUGGAGGAUUUGUAAAAAAUUGCAUUGCAUUUCUAAAGUAAAUCAAUAAAGGAUUUCUACUUUUACGAAA